AUGAAUAGCGUAGGAGCAUCCGUAAGCCAGUCGGCGUCGCAGGACGACGGGCAGAAGAAGAUUCGGAAGCCGUACACGAUCACCAAGUCUAGGGAGAGCUGGACGGAGCAGGAGCAUGACAAAUUCCUAGAAGCCUUGCAGCUAUUUGACCGGGACUGGAAGAAGAUAGAGUCGUUCGUCGGAACCAAAUCGGUGAUUCAGAUUAGGAGCCACGCGCAGAAGUACUUUCUCAAGGUUCAGAAGAACGGCACGGGAGAGCACGUACCCCCGCCGAGGCCGAAGCGCAAAUCCACGCAGCCGUACCCUCAGAAGGCCACCAGCUCGAAAUCGGGAGCAUGCGGCGACGCAAACCCCAAUUUUCCAGGCGGGGGACUGCCCGGUCCGCUCCCGUCCCCAUUCCCGCCGGGAUCGCUGAUCCCCUCCGCUUCCGCCGCGAGCCUAGCAUCACCAUCUUCCUCCACCCCGUCCGCCAUGGCCGCAAUGAGCAUGUCGGGUCUGGGCCACGGGCUCGGCGGGUCCGUCGGCGCGUCUCUGGCGUCCCUGGGAGUGUCGGGGAGUCAUGGCGAAGCGGCGGCAGCGGCGGGGGGAGGCGCGGGGAUGGCGGGAUUGGCGGGGAUGGGGCCGGUGGCGGGGAUGGCGGGGGUGGGGGGGAUGGGGGGAAUGGCGGGGAUGGCGGGGAUCACGGGGAUGACUGGGAUGGCGGGAAUGACAGCUAUGGCGGGGAUGGCGGGGACGAGUGCGUGGAUGCACCACGGCAUGCAUCCGCCAGGAGCCGUUUCGCUUGCUGCCAGAGGCGGCGGCGCGGCGAGCAUGGGGGCCAUGGCGGAGGGGCUGAUGGCGGGGGCGUCGCAAAUGGGCGGCGGCACCAGUGCUGCGGGGGCCAUGUGGAUGGCGCAAGCCCAGCGACAACAGUCGACGGGGAACGCCAGCGAGCAGAAAGUUCGAGCAACCCCGGAUUUUGCGGAGGUAUAUCGCUUCAUAGGGCUCGUGUUCGACCCGUCCACGUCAGGGCACCUCGCGCACCUCAAGGCCAUGGCGCCCAUCGACCGCGAAACCGUGCUGCUACUCAUGCGAAACCUCUCCAUGAACCUCGCCAACCCCGAGUUUCAGCAGCAUGUAAGUACUGUCUUCGUGCUCGCUUUCCUUCCACCUGACCUAUCCCCUGUCGUGUUCCCAGCGACCUCACAAACCCCAAAUCUCAGCAGCAUGACACGUUCAUGCAACUCAUGUGAGGCACGGGCAGGCACCAACGACGCCGCAGAGGGGACUUUUGAGUCGACUGUAAAAUCUCAGACGUGUAUUGAGUGUGGUUCGCUCGUUCUCUUGCCCCAGGACGCGUUCAUGCAACUCAAGCGAGGCACGGGCGGUAACGACGCCCCAGCAACAGCCGCAAACGCAGCAGCAGACGCAGCAAAGACAGAGGCAGCAGGCGGCACGGCAGAAGGAGCAGACGCGGCAGCAGCAGCAGCAGAUGCGACAGCAGGAGCGGCAGCAGGGAGCCGGGAGGCAAAGGACAAGUCGUCGUCAGAAAUGGCCAACUCCAAGGGAGGCGCAGCUGAAGCAGCAGAUGGAUCACGAGAGGGCAAGGAGAAUGCGACAAGGCAGACACAGGCCCCGGAGCAAAGGCCAGGGAGUGCUGCGGGCAAUGCGAAGGCGGAGGUAAGCAGGGCGGAGGUGGGCAGGGCGGAAGUGAGUAGGGAGGGCGCAGAUGCUACAGCUGCUGUCCAAAGGAGUGCAGAGGAACGAGCAGCGGAGGGUGGUGGUGCUGUGGGAAUGGAGGUGGAAGGGGGAGAGGCGAGGCCGUCAGGUGGUGGACGAGAUCGGAUUGACGGGGUCAUUGGGGUGAACGAUGCGAGUGAGACGCAAGCGUUGCAUGAUGUGCGGUCUAGCCCAUCCGGUGCAGACGAUGCAAGAGCAUCAACCCCGUCAGGACUCCAGAGUCAACCAGCCUUUUCCUCACUGCCUCGCUCCCAGUCGUCCCCUGCGCCCACCACGGCCUCUGGCCCACACUCCGCCCUGCACUCCGCUGCCCACCCCGACCACCACCUCCUGGCGCACAACCACCAGGCGCUCCUCACAGCCAUGCGCGGAGGCUCCAGCAGCCUAGGGGGCGACGUUCCCCGCGCCCUAGCAGGAGACCUACCCAGCAGCAUGCGGGGCAACCUGCCCCGUGGGGUGGGAGCGGGAGGGGAGAUGGGCCUGGGGAACGUACCUCUGGGCGGGGGGGAUGUGGAGGAGCUCUUUAUGAUGUCGCACAUGAUGUCUGCGUGGCCGGGCUUCUCUGGGUCUGGAAUUUCCGGGUUUGAUCUGCCAGAGGAUGCCAAGCCGGGCAUGGCAGGCAUGGCCGGAGCAGCUGUAGGCUCGGCAGGAGGUGCGGUGUCUGAGGCAGGAGCCGAGGCAGCAGGCUCGGCAGCAAGGUCAGCGAGUGGGUUGGGGGCAGGCGUGGGUGGUGGUGGUGCAGGGAAGGGAGUGGGUGCGAGCACAGAUGCAGAGGUGCUUGCGCUGACAGCAGCUGUUGCAGCACGAGCAGCAGGGACAGGCAGCAGCGGUGGUGCAAGUGCUGCUAGUGGCGUCAUUGCUGGUGGCGGUGGUGCUGCUGGGAGUGGCGCUGGUGGUGAUGCUGUUGCCGGUAAUGGCGCUGGUGGUGGUGCCGGUGGUGCUGCUGGGGGUGGUGGUGUUGGUGGUGGGGUGAGCAAUGGAGGGGGUCAAGCUGCCAUGUGGGCUGGUCGAAUGGCAGGGGGGGGCAUGCCUGGUGGCAUGGCGGGGGGAGGCAUGGCACCUGCAAUGAGAGGCCUUCCGGGAGGUGGUAUGAUGGCACGGCCAGGUGGCAUGGUCAUGAUGGGUGGUCAUGAACCAGGGCAAGGCAUGGCCGGUGGUUUGGCCAGUGGCAUGUUGGGUGCAGGCAUGGGAGGGACAGGCAUGGGGGGUGCAGGGAUGGGGGGUAUGGGAAUGGGAGCGGGCAUGGGAGGAAACAUAGCUACUGCUGGCUUGGGAGUGCAUGCACGGCCAGGUGCUGGUAUGGGAGCUGGAGGCAUGGGUGCUGCAGGUAUGGGCGCAACAGGUGUGAGGGGUGGUACUAGCGCAGGUGCCAUGGGCAUGGGUGCUGCACGUCCUGGCAUGGCUAUGUCCAUGGGGAUGGGAGUGACUGGCAUGAGUGGCGGAGGCAUGGGUAUGGGUGGUGUAGGGUCGGGUGGCAUGGGUAUGCAUGGCAUGGGUGCUGCUGGUGCAGGUAUGGGGAACUACAGUGCCAGUGGUAUGGACAUGGAAGGUAUGAUGGACUUGCCAAUGCCCAUGGGCAUGAGUGGGGCAUCUGAGCAUUUUUACAUGCCAGGAAUGCUGCCUGGGAUGUUCAAGUUUUCAGGGUCAUCUGGUGCUGUGAUUCAAGGGGCAGGAAGUGGUGGUGCUGCCUCGGCGGCGAUCGUCGUCGUAACUCCCAAGAACGCCUCUUACGUCAUCAAUGACGUCGACGCCAACUUCGGCGGUAUCAUCCCUUCGAGCGGCAUUCGCGGCGUUCUGCGCCGAGCGGAGCCGCUCGACGCGUGUCAGCCGCUCGCGUCCCGCGCAAAACGCGCCGAGCGGGCCUUCGCGCUGAUCACACGUGGCAACUGCCUAUUCGACACCAAGGUGCUGAACGCGCAAGUGGCGGGGUACGCGGCCGCGAUAGUGUUCAAUAACGAGGACAACGACGAGCUUAUAUCGAUGUCCGCGCGCAACGUGUGGGAUGUCGCAAUCCCGGCCGUCUACAUCUCCCACGCGGACGGCCAUUUACUACUCUCGCUCCUCGCCGCGCAACCCGCGUCGCUCCUCAUCCUCCUCCCCACCCUCUCCGGCUCGCUCCUCCCGCUGCUCGCCGCGGCGCUGCUCGCGCUGCUCACGCUCUCCGUCUUCCUCUCCGCGUUUCUCAUUAUCGUGCGCCAGCAGCGGAUACGGCGCGCGCUCGAGGAGGCGCGGAGGGGCGGCGCGUGGGGGGCCGCGGGUGCGGAAGCGGAAGCCGACGGGGGGAUGGGGGAGGAGGGGCUCGUGGUGAUGCGCGCGCUGCUGCUUCCGCCGCCGCCGCGUGAGAAGCGCAUUGGCUUAUCAGCUGCGGAGUUGAAAGCGCUUCCGGAAAUCACGUACUCGCCUUCUAUGGAAGAUCUCGCGGAAGCUUGUAAAGGGGAUGAAGGAGCGGAGGCAGGGGAGGAUGCGGAUGAGUUGCUGGGAGAUGUGGAGGAGGGGAAGGAGCAGGGCAGAAGUGAGGGAGGAGAGGAGGGAAGGGAGGGAAAGGAGGGAAAGAAGGGAAAGGAGGCGGGGAGGAGGAGGCGGAGAGGGUGGAGCAGGGCGUUGGAGACGUGCGCCAUCUGCCUGGACGACUACCAGUCGGGCGACCGCCUGAGAGUGCUGCCCUGCGGACAUGAGUUCCAUGCGGAGUGUGUGGACGAGUGGCUAACCACCAAACAGCCCCUCUGCCCCAUCUGCAAGAGAGACGCACACGCACCUUCCACCUCCCCUCCUGACACAUGCACCAGCAGCAGCAGCGGCAGCAGCAGCAGCAGCAGCAGCAGCAGCAGCAGCACUGCUGGCACCAACAUUGCGGCACAUCCCUCUGUUCCCACGCCUCCUUUGCCGAGCCAACUCCACUCCUCAUCCUCCUCCCCCUCUUCCUCAAGAUCAGAGGCCUCCUCUCCCUCCUCUCACUCCUCCUCUCACUCCUCCUCUCCCUCCUCUCGUUCCUCCUCUCACGCACAAUCCCACCCAUCAUCUUCGCCGUUGCUUCUCACCUCGUUGCUUCCCAACCUACCUUGGCUAAGGCACCCUGCCAGCUCCCGAGCCUCCUCUUCUGCUCUGGCCGUACCUAUCCCGUCUGCUGCCGAGCCUGGAGCAAGUGACAUCCGGCGACCGUUCCUCCUGCCUCCUGGCCCGGCUGCUUCUCCUACCUCUCCCUCCUUUUCAACUGCUGACUCAGCACCCAUGCAUGCUGAGCUGUCACACCAAACGGAUUUGACGAGCAUCGGAUGA